AAAUGCACCAAGGGGCAUUCCUUGGUACUGGUUGGACCCGCGGUGGAGCUUCGGAAGUAGUAAGACGAGCCCAUCCUGCCUCUGGUGCCCAGUGGAAUGUUCAAGUCGUCAGGGGGAAAGUCAAUGGCAAAUGCCUGUGGAACGCCUGCAAAGCGCUCAGCUUGGGGCUGCUCCUGAUGGUGUUGGGAGCAGCUAUGGCUACUAUAGGUUAUUACGCUGAUCAUCUAUCGGUCGCUCCGGAGUUCAAAGGAAACUUUACGUAUCGCACAAAAAACGAGACGAAAAGUUUUCAUCUCAACAAUCUUUCUUACGCUGGACCCAUUGUCAUGGGAGUUGGAGGCUUCAUUGUUGUUGCUGCAUGUGUUAUGACUUUUGAGGCCAGAGACUCUGCUGCCAAAGUAGUACCGGCUAGAUUCAAGUUAAGUACUACAGGACCACCGAGCAUCUGCGGUCAUGGUAGUUGUAGCAGUAGACAUAGUUCAUUAAAAACAUCUGCAGUUCAGACUAUGGCUCAGCACCCUCAUCCUCAUCAGCAUGUAGCCUCGACUGACAGAAGGGCGUUGACCCAGUCUUUUUUACAUUUUUCUAGGGGCCUUGCGUUAGAAACGCAACAAAAUAAGAAUUUGCUCAAAAUUCCACAGGGUUCUAUCAAUAGAAGUCCAUCCGCUCCUGAUCUUGUCCUAGAACGUUCUGGAAGUACGGAACAGCCUCCUUCGCCAAAGAUACGGACACCUGUUCCACAAAAAUCCAAUUCUAAACCAAAGACUUUUGCAGCGUGUGCACUGCUCAAUCCUGGAUUGCUUCACAGACAUGCGCUCUCUGUUGAUGAAACGGCAGGAAAUUAUAGACAUAGUAAUGAUUCUCUUCACCCUGGUGGUAGCCAAGGAUCUAUGGCUAUGGAUUUACAUUUAGAGUGCCCUGUAACUUUACGUGUUAGAGACAGGCGAAGAAAUCCUUUAAAAAGACAGAGGAAAGUAGAGGAAGAAGCCAAUCAUAAUAACGAUAGUAAUAUUAGAAGAAGUUCACAUUCUUGUUCAGUGAAGUUGACAACGCAGAGUUUGAAAGAUACUUCCAGAAAAGGUGGCUCAGCUCAUCAAUUACCUACCCAAUAUACUCACUGCCGGUCUUCCUCCACAAAACGAAGAAGUUCUAAUGCAUCGGAUAUUGGCUCAAGAUCGAGACAACGGAGAAGAGACUGCAAUCCAGCCAGACAUAAACUUGAAAGGGCUAUCAGUUCAGACUCAAGACUUACAGGGACUGCCUCAAGGUACCAUCAGCACACUCCUCAAAGGACUCCGCACAUAACUCCUGAGGUCAGCCCGCAGAUAACUCCACAGCCUACUCGCGCUCAAAAUUCUUUGGAGACUGAUCCGGAUCGAGCCGGUUCUGAUACGGACGUUAGAUUUUCUCAGCACAGUGUACAUUUUAGUAAUAGUCCACAAAAAUAAGACAUAAGACGGCAAUGAACCCCUAGAGUAGAUUAAAGCCGUGAUAUUUGUGAAAAGUUUAAUUAUAUUAUAUAAAAAUAUCGUACAAAACAUGAUAUAGUAAUAUACACUCACCGGCACAAAAUUCCGCCACUCAAAAUUUUUGAUUAAGUUUGACAAUUUAUAACUUCAUUAUUUAUACUCCGAUUUUCAACAUUCUUUCAUCAGUUUGUAGGUACAUGUUUUCAUGUCGUUUGUUAAUAUUCCAAUAAUAAAAAAAUUUUGCCUAGAUAGCAUUAUACGGGGGUGAAUGGAAGCCUUGUAUUUUCUCCUAGUUUUAAAAAAUUCUGUGGAAAAAUGGAAUAGCUGAUUUUCCCUAAUAACACAAAACAUUCCAGGAAUGUUCCUAGAAGGUACACACAGGACAUUGAAAACAUUCCUGGAAUGUCCCCAAAAGCACACGAACGUCCCUGGAAAGUCCCAGAAAAGUGCUGUGUCAGCAUUUUAAACAUUCCUUGAAUGUCUUGUUGGAACAUUCCAUGAAUGUCUACGAAUGUUCUUUGAACAUUCACAGUAUAUUGUUUAGACUGAAUGUAUUGUUGAAACAUUCCAUGAAUGUUCUUAGGACAUUCAAAGUAUAUUUUUUAGACAUUAUCUGAAAUAUAUCGUCAGUGAUGUGACAAUACCUCCUAUAUGUUUUUUCAUGAGUUUUGCAGGAGACGAAAAACAUUUUUUACGGUCACCUCCUGUUUUCAUACGUAAGUUUUGACUUGUUUUGUAGUAAAUAGAUAGUUGAAUUUACUACAAAACAAAUCAAAAAAUAUAUGAAAACACGAGGUGGCCCAAACAAGUUUUUCAUCUCCUACAAAAUUCAUGAAAAAGCAGAUAGGAGGUAUUGUCACAUCACCGACGAUAUACCAGAAGUACAGUAGGAAAAAUGAAAGAAUACCCAUGAACGAACAUAUAAAACACGCUGUAUUUUCCUGUCACCGUGUCACACAAAAAACUGGUCAGCACAAGUACAUGUAGUAAUUAUUCUUGCACUGGACAAUUUUCUUUGUGACACGGUGACAGGAAAAUACAGCGUGUUUUAUGUUCAUUCAUGAGUAUUCUUUCAUUUUUCCGACUGUAUAUGUAGCCAUACCAAAUAAUACAUCCUUGAUAAAUAUAAACAUUUUUAUUGCACAAAAUCUUGUCAUAUAUUUUUUCCAUAAUCAUCACUACGAUGACGAUUCAUUGUAUUGAAUUGUUCAUUAGAAUUACAAUCUGGUCAUAACUCUGACCAAUGAGCAAUUUUAAUUUAACCUAAAUUACUACUGUUCCUUAAAAUGAAGAGCUUACCCAUAGCGUCUCUUAUCUAAUCUAACAGGCAAACAAGCACUAUGCUCUGCUUUUCUAACCGCACUAUUCUAACAUACACAUGCACACAAGCAUUAUGCUCUGCUUUUCACUAUCACUCAAACUAGUUCAAAAGGCUUUGUCCUCUUCAAUCUUCUAGUUUGCCCAGUAGUAUCCAGGAGCUGGAUUUCCUCAAUAUUCUUGUAGGUACUUACGAAGUUGUUGCUUGUGACUUCCAACUUUACUCCAACUUUAAAAACAAAUCCAGCUGUAAAAUAUUUAUGUGCCUGAAGGCUUUUGUAUGCUUUCAUCUAUAAUAUCUAUAAUAGUAAUUUGGUGGAAUGCACUUUAUGGUAAAAUUCAAUUCUGACUGAAUUGUAUAUGGAUCUAAAUCCCCAAUUAUUUUCAGCUUCAAUAAAUAUCUAAAACAAUAAAAGAAAUAAUGGUAUUGCUUGCAAAAUUCAUCAAUAUUGAUAAAUAUCAGAGAAAAAUUAACAUUGAUACAAAUUGUUUGCCCUACCUUUCUCCAAACAUCUGGUGUCUCCAAUAAUAAUUUCCUUAAAUAAUCACUUUGCAGUGUGGUAAAGUUUAUAAAGUUCACAAAAUACAGCAAACGAAAUUAAAAUGAAUCCAAAAUAUGACGAUAAACAGUGAAAUGAUGAAAUGAAAUGAUAUUACAAACAUAACCUCUGUAACCUGUAUGCCAUGCCAACCAGAACCAGAAGUCACGUGGUUUGGAUUGCCUAAAUACAUAUACACGCGCAGCAAAUUUGAAAAUGAAUGCAAAUUGAAUAGUAAAUGGCCUCUCUUAAAAUAUAGGACAUUGGUAGUAUGUUCAUAGAAUGUCUUGUGGUAACAUUCCACGAAUAACUUAAUCAGAUAUUCACCGAAUGUUCCUUGAAUGUCCAGUACAUUCAAACAUUAAUAGAACUUUGAUAGUACAUUCCUGGAAUGUUUUGUGUUGUUAGGGUUGUUUCAUAGUCCUGUCAUAAUAUCCCAGAGGCAUCAGUAAAAUUUUGUUUUUUGAAUUUUCCGAAUAUCGCUUUUUUUUUGGAAGAGCUGUACCAUUUUUUGUAAAUAAAAACACUGAUUGACUCAUAAAAUAGAGAUUGAAUUGAUAAGAUUAGAAUGGCCCGCAUGCAGCCCAGAUCUCAUUCCUAUUUAGCAUUUAUGGGAUGAUUUAAAAGAGCUAUUCGGCGUCAUCGUGGGCCUCCGGAAAAUUUGGUAGUUAUGUCCCUGGUAGAGAAGUAUCGAGCUACUCCCCAGGCAAGGAUAACACAUCUUUAUUCGAUGCUAAACAGAUUGCGAGCAAUCGUUGCUGCAAGAGGUGGACAUACCUGCUAUUGAAUUGUUUUGUUUUGUUGCUAAUUUUGUUUUGUUUUGUUAAUUUUAGUGCGCUUGAUAUGUUUAAUCAAAUAAACUUUCAAAGCAGUGUUUUAUUUACAGCUCUUACAAGAAAAGAGAUAUUCGGAUAAUUCAAAAAACAAAACUUUGGUGAUACCUCCAGAAUAAUACAAAAAUAGUAUGAAACAAAAUGAGCCAUCCAAUUUUUCCACAGAAUUUUUUAAAAUUAGAAGAAAAAAAAUUUUGUUACCGGAAUAAUAACAAAAGGCAUCAAUACAUGUACCUACAAACUGAUGCAAGAAUCUUCAAAAUCGGAGCACAAUUAAUAAAGUUAUAGAUUGUCAAACUUAAUCAAAAAUUUUGGGUGGCGGAAUUUUGUGCCGGUGAGUGUAGUAUACGAUAUUUCAAACUAUGUGCAAAAACUCUGUACAGAUACAGUGCGAGCUUAAAGUAUGGAACCAUAAAGCUAUCUGUGACACCCUGUAUGGUAUAUUAACAAAAUAUUGGUUAUGUAUAUUAGAUGGACUAACGAUUUAUAAUUUUAUAUUUGCGACGGUGCCAAAUGUACAGUUUCUGAGAUAUACGAUUAACAUGCGUUUUUUUAAGUAAUACCAACCGUACAUUUUACAAUCUUCUGUUUUCAUUUUACAAUCUUGACCCCUCAUAUGAAGAGUACAGGGAAAAACAAGGAAUGUCACAUUUUAUACAUAUUGAGAUAAAGACCAAUAAAGGUUUAAUUUUUAUGAUAUCAAAAACUACUUAGGAGAUUCCUAGCAGAAUUAUAGCAAUUCUUAUUCUAUAAUCUUAAUAUAAUAUGGAUCUAUAUUAACUUAUUAAUUUACUAAUGCACCAAAAAACUGCCAACAUUCCUUACUUUUGUUCAUUGGCGUGCGUGCGUUUUAACAAAACCAACAUAUUAUACGGGGUGUCACAAAUAUCUUUGUGUUUUCAUACUUUAGGUAAGCACUGUAUAAAUAUAAAAAUAUCGUGACUCCAAAUCCUAAGACGUUAGUUUACAAACAUAAUAUCUUUUUUAAUACAAUGAUAUUUCGUCAUCACUUCAUUGUCACAGUUAGUAAGUUAGCGGUUAGUAAUAGAGCUAAAAUCUGCCAGACGAAUAAGAGAGCACUCCAAAAAAAGAAUAUUAUAUCAUGAUAUUUUGUAAAUACUCAAAGGAAUAUUGUAAUUAAACUUUUCAGGAAAUGAAAUGGCAAUAAAGGUUGUAACUUUGACAAUGUUACCAUUGUGUAUGACUGAUGUUAUCUUUAGGAUAUGUAGAGAAACCAAAUAUCUUUAAUACUCGUAUAUUAUAUGGUGACUAAAA